CUUUGUUUUAAAUUUAAUACUUGUUAUAUAUUAUAUUUAUUUGUUUUUUUUUUGCGUCUCUAUCUACAAUAUACCAACUCUUUUGUUUUUAUAAGGGAAAAAAAAAGAAUUCAAUUUAUUUAUAAUGGAAUACAAUGAAGAGGUAACACCUCUCUUACCAAAGCCUACAACUGAAAGCUUUAAGGAUCUUAAGCCUCAUAUUAAGCCCGUACUUGCUUCUUUCUUUAUUAGUCUGGUUGCUGGUCUUAACGACGGUAGUAUUGGUACCAUUAUCCCUCGUCUUAAGCAAUACUAUGAAAUCCCUAAUGAAACUAUCUCUUUACUCUUCUUAUGUUCCGCUUGUGGCUUCUUUGCCAGUGCUGGUUUAAAUGGCACUAUUGUACAUAAAUUAGGUCAGCUCAAAACCCUUUUUUUGGGUUCUACAAGCAUGUUUGUUUCUUUCUUUAUUUUAUCAUGGGGUUUCCCAUUUCCUGUUAUGAUCUGCGUUAUGCCAUUUGUAGGUGGUGGUAUGGCUUUAUUAGAUGCAGCCAUGAAUGUAUAUACAGCCAAUUUGCCUCUAGCUACUCUUAUGUUGAAUAUUUUACAUGCUGUAUAUGGUGUAGGUGCAAUGAUCAGUCCAUUAGUUGCCUCCUUUUUAUUAAAAUAUGAUGUCAGCUGGAAAGGCAUGUAUGUGUUUUUGACAUUCAUUGCUAUCCUUAAUAUCAUCUUUAUUGCAUUUGGAUUUUGGAAUGUUGAUUUUGGUGAGGCUAAAGAAGAAGAGAGUGAUAACGAUGGAGUGGAUAAUUACAAGGAAAAUCAUAAAGAACUCACCAAGAAGGCUAUUUUCAAUAAGGUGACCUUAAUAGGUGCUACCUAUAUUCUCAUCUAUGUAGGCGUAGAAGUUACACUAGGCGGCUGGGGUUACAGUUUCUUAAAGGAAGGUAGGCAUGGCGAUGAGAUAGCUAUGGCUGAAGUUGUAUCCGGUUAUUGGGCAGGAUUAGCAGCUGGAAGAGUUAUCUUGGGUUAUCUUUCAGGUCGAUUUGGCGAAAAAUUAAUGAUUACUUUAUUUACAAUGAUGACAAUUGGAGCUUUAUUUAUUAUGAUGGUAUCUGAAAACAUAAUAUUAGACUCAACAGCUUUUAUUAGUAUUGGUCUUUUAUUAGGUCCAAUGUUCCCUACAACUAUUUCGUUAGCUUCUAAAGCUUUGCCUAGAAGCUAUCAUGCUACUUCUAUUGGAUUUAUGGCAGCUUUAGGUGCAGGUGGCGCUGCUUUGUUUCCUUUCAUAACAGGUCAAGUUGCUGGUAAAUUAGGUAUCUUGAUUAUGCCCAUUGCUUGUAUCAUUAUGUCUAUUAUCAUGUUAGUUCUUUGGAUUUUUAUUCCUACAGACAGGCCCUUUUUUGAUGCUUGUCUAUGCUCGUAAAAUCUUGUGAUCUAUUAUGGUGACUGCUGCAUGAAUUCUAUAUUUAUUCUUAAUUUAGAUUUAUAAAAAAAAUAUGCUUUCGUUCUUUUUUUUUU